AUGCCAGUCACACGCUCCGAGGGGAGGGGCCGCAAGCCGUCGAACACGCAGCCCGCACCGUCGUCGCCCGCAGAAACUACAGAAACUUCAGCGACCGGUACCAGCACGGAAGCCACCACGACACAGACGAGGACAACUGCCACGGAGGACUCCGAAGAAACGACAGCCUCUGGGACGACCGACCCUACCACUGUGACCUCCGCCGCCAGCGUCUCGACCGCCGCCGCCGCCACAGCAGCCGCCGCCGUGCCUCCCGCACCGGCUGCCACCGCCCCCCCCGCCGCGGCCGCCAAGCCGCCCUCCGUCGCGACUACGCUCACCGCAUCGAAACAGCUGAUGAAGCCGCCUGCCGCUGCCACGUCGAAAAGUCGCCGUGAAGGUGACGCCUCAACAGUCAAACGAAUCGUCAAGAACACCGCCGAAAACAAGAAGCCAGCUGAUCCGCCGCUUCCCCGCCCCCCUAGCAAGAAAGGGGGUGAGGGGGGUUCAACGUACAGCAAGUCGAAGAAAAUCUCCAAAGCCAAGGAAGAGUUGCUACGCCUUCAGGUGGAGCUGGCAGCAGCCCGCCUGGCCGCACUAGAAGCCGAAGAUACAGAAGAGGAAGAUGAAGAGGGGAACAAGACUCCUCUACUCCGAGCCAUCGCCAACGAGCCACACUGCCCUCCGCCGCAACCGACAGUCGUCCGCGACGUCCCCCCGCAGCCAGAAGAAACUCAUCGAGUACCGGCGGGAGGACAAACCGACCUCACCCUCUUAGCAGAAGCAAUCACCAAGGCUGUCAAGGCGGCUCAGCGACCGAAGUUCAUCGAACUACCUAUAUUCAGCGGGUCACAUCAAGAGUGGCUGCCUUUCCGCGCCGCCUACUACGAGUCUGAGUCAACAUUCAGCAUCGUCGAAAACAUCAACAGAUUAAGAAGAAAUCUGAAAGGAAAAGCAAGAGAAGCAGUUGAAGGGUUGCUCAUCACAAACACGCACCCUUCAGAAGUUAUGAAGACAUUGGAGUCAAGAUUUGGCAGACCAGAAUCCAUCGCCAUGUUAGAAAUGGAAACACUUCGAAGCCUGCCACGCCUCUCCGAGUCGCCGAGAGACAUCUGUAUAUUCGCCACGAAGAUUUCUAACGUCGUCGCAACACUGAAAACACUGGGUUGUUACAACUACAUGCACAGCCCGGAACUCGCGAAGACACUGGUGGACAAGUUAACACCGACGCUACGGUACCGUUAUUACGACUUCUCGUCGACGCAACCAAAAGAAGAUCCCUGCCUCAUCAAACUGGAGAGAUAUCUCAAGAGAGAAGCUGAGUUAUGCGGGCCUUACGCAUUACCCGAACAGGUGGCAGCACUAUCUACGACUGCGCCUACGAAGAAAACACAACAAGUCACCAACGUCACAGAAAAACGCUACACGCCGAAAUGCUUCGUGUGCGACGAAACAAAUCACACUAACAUAACCGAGUGUGAAACUUUCAAGAAGAUGGAAACUGAUUCAAGAUGGGAUACAGCAAAGUCCAAACGCCUCUGCUUCAGAUGUCUGCGUUAUAGGAACAAGACUCACCACUGUCGUGCGCAGCCAUGCGGGGUCAACGGCUGCAAGUACACGCACAACAAACUGCUUCAUCAAGACAAGAAGUCAGAACAAGCUGAAAAGACUGAAAAUACAGAAAAUGAAUCGAAGACUGAAAGUAUCAACUCGGCGUGGACAGUCAGGAAACAGUCUUACCUGAAAAUCCUGCCAGUUCAGGUGAACGGACCGAAGGGAAGCGUCAACACGUUCGCGUUAAUGGACGACGGGUCAACGGUCACGCUCGUAGACGAUGACGUCGCGGCGAGCGUCGGUGCAACAGGGCCAUCCGAUCCACUGAAGCUAGAAACUAUAAAUGAAAUGAAGACGGCCGAAUCUGCGUCACGAAGAGUUACUAUCGGCCUCAAGGGGAAAAAUAAAUGCGAAGAAACAGUACAGGCGAGAACAAUAAGAAACCUACAAGUGUCCUCCCAGCGGGUGCCUCAAGAGUUGGUGGAAAGAUGUCCGCACUUAUCUGACAUCAAAGACCACCUCGCGUACGCCAACGCCAAGCCCCGCAUACUUAUUGGCCAGGACAACUGGCAUCUUCUGAUCACUGAAGAAACAAGAAGAGGCGACAAAAACCACCCGGUGGCAUCACUCACGCCACUCGGAUGGGUACUACACGGCAGUCAAACAACAACACUCGGCCGGAAGAUCGACUUCGUCUCUCACGUGACAGAAGCAGAAGAUGACCUAGAAAGCCUGGUCAAGAGGUACUUCGAAGUCGACGCCCUCUGCAUUAACCCGAAGAGACCAAAAUCAGAUCCAGAGGAAAAAGCGCUUCAGAUACUGGAACAGAAAACAGAAAAGGUCAACGACACGCGUUAUCAAACCGGCCUGCUCUGGAAGAAGGAAAACAUCACGUUACCCGAUAACUAUGAAAACUCACUGAAAAGGCUCUACAACAUAGAGAAGAAGAUCGACCGUGAACCCGCCCUUAAGAAAAAAUACGUCGAACAAAUGGAAGCCCUUAUAGAGAAGGGUUACGCCGAGCCCGCGCCACGUGAGAAAACUCCUGAUAAAACAUGGUACCUGCCUCACUUCGCGGUCAUCAACCCCAUGAAGCCAGACAAACUGCGAGUAGUUCACGACGCCGCCGCCAAAACCAGAGGUGUAGCACUCAACGAUAUGCUACUGAAAGGCCCGGAUUUACUUCAGUCUCUACCGGGCGUCGUCAUGCGCUUCAGGCAACACCUCAUCGGCGUCACAGCAGACAUCAAAGAAAUGUUUAUGCAGGUGAAACUACGAGCUGAAGAUAGAGACGCGCUGCGGUACUUAUGGCGCGGGGAGCGCCGCGACGAUAAACCUCCGGAAGAAUACCGAAUGACAUCUCUGAUAUUCGGGGCGUCAAGUUCACCGUCAACAGCGAUUUAUGUGAAGAAUUUGAACGCCAAACAACACGAGGUCACUCACCCCGAGGCCGCAGCUGCUAUUGUAAAUAAACAUUACGUCGACGACUACCUAGACAGUUUUAGAAGCCUGGAAGACGCCAUACGCAUAUCUACUAGUGUGCGUGAAGUACACAAGAAGGCUAGCUUCGAGCUGAAGCAAUGGAAGUCUAACUCAGCACCACUCCUGGAAGCCCUGGGAGAAGAAACCCAAACAGGGAACCUGGAGCUGUAUAAAACCAAAGAACAGACCGAAAGAGUACUGGGUGUCAUCUGGAGAAUGAAGUCCGACGAGCUGACUUUCAACUUGAACAUGGCCAGAAUACCUACAGCACUCGUCGAAGGGAAACGACCAACUAAACGGGAAGCCUUGCGUAUCGUGAUGUCGCUCUUCGAUCCGCUGGGGUUCGCUUCGCCUGUCACUAUCCGGGCAAAACAGCUGCUCCAAGAAGUCUGGCGCCGAGGCACUGCAUGGGACGACUACAUAGAUCAAGAUCUGGCCGAGCAGUGGGAGUCAUGGAUGGGACAGCUGAAAAGUCUCCACGACGUAACCAUACCACGACGCUACCUGAAAUACAGCGACGCCUCCACGCUCGAGCUCCAUGUAUUUAGCGACGCCAGCGAGUCCGCCUAUACAGCUGUCCUGUACUGGAGGGCAGUGACCUCCGACGAAGAAAUCGGCGUAUCCCUUAUCAUGGCCAAGGCGAAAGUGGCGCCACUGAAGCUCACCAGUAUACCCAGACUGGAGUUGCAAGCCGCAGUCAUGGGUACUCGACUCGCCGACGCCGUAAUCGAAGAACACGAGAAAAAACCCGACCGUAAGGUAUUCUGGACCGACAGCCGAACAGUACUCACAUGGAUCAGAACGGGGUCACGGUCAUAUAAACCGUACGUGGCCCACCGACUCGCAGCAAUAGAAGACAGUACUAAGGUCAAUGACUGGCGCUGGAUACCGACAAAACAAAAUGCCGCCGACGACGCAACAAGAGACGUGCCAGCCGCGUUUGAUAAAAAUCACCGGUGGUACAAAGGGCCAGACUUCCUAUACCUACCGGAAGACUCGUGGCCUACAGAACCCGCACCGCCUACAACGCUCGAAGAAAACUGUGAAGAAAGGACGCAUCACAUAAGCAACAAACGAAAACACAGACUAGCCGAGAGUCUGCCUGACCCGACGAAAUUCUCCAACUGGGACCGCCUCCGGUACGCAACCGCACGCGUGCUUCAGUUCAUCGACCUCUGCAAGACAACUACACAAAAGGUCAACUACCCGAACCAAGAAAACAAAGAAGCGGAUCCUGCGUGGAAGAGAACUAGAACUGCGACGGAACAACAGGCGCCUAGACCAAAGAAACAAUCGACACUCGACCUACGCCCUGUAACAGCUGACCUCCUUAUAAGAGCUGAAGAACUUCUGAUGCGCUCCACACAGGAAGAGACCUUCACAGAAGAAAUCGAUUGUCUUAACAGCGGGAAAUCGAUCGCCAAGGAAAGCCGCCUGCACCAACUCAGCGUCGAGUGCGUCAACGGCUCGCUCCGACUACGCAGCCGUAUCCGAGCAGCAGAAAACAUCAAGGAAAAUGUCAAAAGCCCACUGGUUGUCAGCGGAGAGCACCCGACGGUGAAAUUAUGGAUAAAGGCAGUUCACCGACAGCUUCAUCACGCCGGCGUCGAAGCAACCAUUAACGAGUGCCGCCAACAGUACUGGGUGCUGCGGUUGCGUCCUAUAACACGCACAGUUAUCAAACAGUGCCUCUUCUGCCGCAUGAAGACACAGACGCCGCCGUACCCGAGAACCGGUGACCUGCCAGCGUGUCGCUUAGCUCACCAUAAGCGACCCUUUACAUUCACCGGAGUAGACUACUUCGGCCCCCUCUCCGUGACAGUCGGACGCGCCAGACAAAAAAGAUACGUGGCCAUUUUCACGUGUCUCACGACGCGAGCCAUACACCUCGAAGUUGCCGGCUCGCUCAGUGCCGACUCAGCAGUGAUGGCGGUCAGGCGGAUGAUCGCGCGACGAGGUUGUCCGACCGAGAUCUGGUCGGAUAACGGCACCAACCUGAAAGCUGCUGACAAAGAAUUACGACAAACAAUCGACGCAGCCACAGCGGAGGAAGCAGCCAAGAAAACCAUUUCCUGGCGCUAUAUCCCGCCUGGAGCACCGUUUAUGGGCGGCGCCUGGGAACGCAUGGUGCGCUCCGUGAAGAACGCGCUCGCAGCAACACUGCACGAGCGCCACCCCACCGAAGAAGUACUCGCCACUCUACUCGCCGAAGUAGAGUACACAGUAAACAGCCGCCCGUUGACACACGUCUCCGUCAACGCAGAAGAUCCAGAAGCCCUGACCCCUAAUCACUUCUUAUUAGGGGGCCCGGGGCGCGUGCCACAGCCAGGCACAUUCACCGAGCGCGACGCAGCUUUCCGAUCCAGCUGGCGAGCCGCGCAGAGACUCGCCGAUGUUUUCUGGCUCCGCUGGGUAAAGGAGUAUCUUCCCGAGCUCCAACACCGGCGGGAGCCACACGGCCGGGGUCAAGAGGUCAAGGUGAAUGACCUCGUGCAGAUCGUCGACCCGAACCUGCCCCGCAACGUGUGGCUACGAGGACGAGUCGUCGCGACGUAUCCUGGCCCCGACGACGUCGUGCGGACGGUGGACGUGCAGACCAAGGGAGGAGUGCUGCGUCGGCCGGUGAGAAAGCUGGUGAUCCUGCCCCUGUCAACAGACGACGCACCCGCACCGGAAUGAGAUACGACUCAGUCGCACGGCGGGAGUGAUGUGCGGGACAAUACGAAUCGUAAAAUAAUUACGCGAGUGCGGAACAAUAUGUGUCGUGAAUAAUUAUACGAUCGAAGUGAUUAUGUUUCAAUAUUUAUAUCUUAAUGUUUUAAUGUUUGUUGUUUGAUAGUCUAAUAACAUUUGUAAGAUACUUUAAAAUUGUACAAUGACUAGGUUAAAUUCACUUUAUAAAGAAGACUAGGGCCCAGACCGCACGCCAAAACGCGUGGGCCAAUAAGAAGCAAGAGUGGAAACAAGAAAUUUGUAAAUAUUUUUUAUUGGUCUAAUUUAACGCGCUCUGAUUGGUCGUCCAAUCAGAGCUUUAGAAAUAGUUUGCCCAAAAUUGUAUAAAAUGAGAGCCAUUGUAAGCCGCUCAAGCAGUCGGCAGGCAACAUUUAAAGAAUAAACAGAACUGAAGAAAGCGAC